AUGUUCCACCGCGGUCGCACUACCACUACGAGAACCACCAAGCCGACCUUGAUGACUCGGCUUAAGGGUCCAAAUGCUAAAACCAAGACGGUGAAAACUACAACUACCACGACCCCUGCUUCCUCGCAUCACACACAUCACACUACGCACCGCACCAAUAAGCGUCAUUUGGGUCCCCAGGCCCAUCACCACAAGCGCAAGCCUACUAUUGGUGACAAAUUCUCUGGUGCUAUGUUGAAGAUGAAGGGUAGUCUUACCCAUCGUCCUGGUGUCAAGGCUGCGGGCACUCGUCGCAUGCACGGUACUGACGGUCGAGGAAGUCACCGUCAUGUUUACUAG